GAGCAUGGGUUCGAGAGUGUGCUACAUACACGCAAGUUAAUGGCGACCAUCUGUAUGAUUUUGUUGCGAGAUCGUUGUUGUUCAGAACUUGCAAAAUUGAAAGCGCCGUGACAGCAUCGAGUGGCACAUAUGGAAUACUUUUGAUAAUUGCUUACAGGUGAAGUGAUCGGCACUGUGCUAGAAACAUGGCCGGAGUGCAUCAAAACAACUAUGGUCGCGAAGGAGACUACCUUCAGCCGAUCCCCGAAUUGACCGUGGGGCCCAAUAUUCGUGCUCGUGGCCACUAUGAUUUCUCGCAACUGCCACCUGCGGUUCUGGCUGAAGGAGACGCCAACCGACCCAAUCCCAAAGAAAUUGAUCAGGAGCCUCAGUAUGCUGGUGUGGGACUCAGAUUGAUGAGUAUAUUGGCAGAAAAUGUCAUUUCCCAUCCAUGCGUGGUACUACGACGGCAGUGCCAGGUAAAUUGUCAGGCACACAAGUUUCACUUGUCGCCAUUUACGCUGCUCCCAGUCAUUGCUAAGCUACAACAACGACAGGGCCUGAUAACGUUGUGGAAGGGAGCUCCAAGUGUGUUCAUUGUUCGUGGUCUCACCAUGGCCAUGGAAACAUGUCUCUCUGAGGUGAUGUUGCUGCCACGGGAGGUAACAUCACAAAGCUCCCUCAAGCACAUGGCAAAGCAUGUAGCACUCAAAGGGGCAACGUUUGCACUAAUCACGCCAUUCUACUGUGCCAGCCUCGUUGAAGUCGUGCAGUGCGACAUGGCAAGCGAAAAACCUGGUGUACUGGACUGCCUGCGUGAGGGCCUCUGUCGCAUGGUCGGUGGCCAUGGUCGAAUGCUCCCCAUCUGGAAGUUGGUCGGACCAACGGUCGUCCAUGGGGUACUCCACUACAUCCUCUCUUCCGUAGUGCAGUCAGUGGUGCUAUGGUGGUCUAAUGUGCGGGAGAGGCAGAGGAUGGGGGCUGUUCCCAGAGUGACGCAUUCCUAUUUCCCAGAGUUGAUGGCAGCGUUUACGGGCAGCUUAAUAGCGGAUGUAGUACUUUUCCCCUUGGAAACUGUCUUGCACAGGCUGUACUUGCAGGGCACCCGCACCAUCAUUGACAACCUGGACACUGGUUGCUCUGUGGCUCCAGUCAUUUCGCAGUACCUAGGGCCAGUAGACUGUUUCCAGUCUAUAAUCAUCCAAGAAGGUGCUGCUGGACUUUACAAAGGCUUUGGUGCCUUAAUUCUGCAGUACUCUAUACAUUGUGCUCUCCUUAAACUCACCAGGAUCGCCUGGGAUGAGUUCUUCCCAGCGUGAACUCCAUUAAGAACACACUCUUGUAAAUAUGUUCUCCGUGCGAGUAAAUUGACAAUAAAGUGAUUUAUUUGAGGUCA